CAGAACCAGCUAAGAACUACAACGUCCAUAAUGUGUAGCUAGCUGAUGGUGCUGCAUGUGACACUGGUCUCAUGGACGGUGAGGUGAAGAGCAGCCGGUAGGAGCUUGUCUACAGACUCGUUAUACAGAACUCUCUUCUCGUCUGUGUGCGUUUGUGAGCAUGUGACUGAGAUCCUUCUGACGGAAGACCUGCAUGGCAUUUAUUUGUUCUGCCCGUGUAUUAAUACAGCUACAGUAACACUGCUGACUGUCUGAAGCCUGCGGAGUUCUGGAGCUGUGACCCCUGUGUGUGUGUGUGUGUGUGUGUGUGUGUGUGUGUGUGUGUGUGUGUUAAAUUGUGUGAGACAUGGCCGUGAACUCUGAGCCAAGUGAUUGGGGAUACAGUGAAAAUGAUGAAGAGAAAGCGCCGCUUCUUGUGGCAGCAUAUGUUCAUCCCAAGCAGUCUCAGGGCCGGACCUCAGCGCUGGGGGCGGUGUUUAUUGUGGUAAACGCUGCACUGGGGGCGGGACUUCUCAACUUUCCUGCAGCGUUCUACAUGGCUGGAGGAGUGGUUGCUGGAGUGGUGCUGCAAAUGUGUUUACUGAUCUUCAUCAUCACUGGCUUGGUGAUCCUUGCUUAUUGUUCUCAGGUGAGCAAUGAGAGCACGUAUCAGGAAGUGGUCCGUGCCGUGUGUGGGAAAGUUCUGGGGGUUAUAUGUGAGAUCGCCAUUGCAGUCUACACCUUUGGCACGUGCAUAGCCUUCCUCAUCAUUAUCGGAGACCAGCUGGACAAGCUGAUCAGUGCCAUGGCACAUGAUGCAGACAGUGCUGUCGUCGCUGACUGGUACACAAACCGCAAAUUCACCAUCACAGUCACUUCUGUGCUCAUCAUCCUCCCCCUGUCCAUCCCCAAAGAGAUCAGCUUCCAGAAAUAUGCCAGCACCUUUAGCGUGAUUGGCACCUGGUAUGUGACCGUCAUAAUUAUCAUCAAAUACAUCUGGCCUGACCAAGAAAUCUCACCUGGAAUCAUUCCUACCAGUCCUAUAUCCUGGACUGCUGUGUUCAAUGCCAUGCCGACUAUCUGCUUUGGAUUCCAGUGUCAUGUGAGCAGUGUUCCAGUGUUUAACAGUAUGAGGAAUGCAACACUGCGGCCCUGGGGAGGUGUGGUGACCCUCGGCAUGAUCAUCUGCUUGUUUGUCUACACAGGAACAGGUGUGUGCGGUUUCCUGACGUUCGGGUCCAUGGUGAAUCAGGAUGUGUUGUUGUCAUACCCAUCUAAAGAUAUCGCUGUGGCCAUCGCCAGAGCCUUCAUCAUCAUCAGCGUGGUCACUUCAUAUCCCAUACUGCACUUCUGUGGGAGAGCCGUGUUAGAGGGCUUGUGGCUGCGUUUUAAUGGGACAGACGUAGACACAGACGUAGUGAGAGAGCGAAGACGCCGAGUUCUGUACACACUUGUCUGGUUCUGUCUCACACUCAUCCUCGCGCUCACCAUCCCUGAUAUUGGGCGUGUCAUCUCACUCAUCGGCGGCCUUGCAGCCUGUUUCAUAUUUGUUUUCCCAGGUUUGUGCUUGAUUGAGGCCAAGCUCUCAGAGCAUGAUGUCAGAUCAGCCAGUUGGCAUGCCUUGGUCCUUUACGGAAUCCUCAUGGUCACAGUUGGCAUCUUCAUCCUCGGCCAGACGACAACCAACGCUAUCUACAGUGACAUCAUCCACCACUGAGACACAGUGGUGAGGUGGAAACGACACGUAAUGAAAGAAUUGCUUACACACUUACACAGUGACCUAGAUUUAAACCUGCAAAAUGUUGCACAAAUGAACAAAUGUUAAGAUCUAUUAAUAAGCUGUUAAUAAGCUGUUAAUAAGCUUCUGAGGCUGUUCAGCAUGCAGCAUGAAAUCUCCUACUGUACCUGUAGUGAAACAUGGUAACGUCUGUUAACACACUACAUACACAUACUGGUUUACUAGUUUAACUGGGACGUCCAAUCAAAACGGAUUUUUUAAAGAACUCUGCUCAGCUGUGUGUUUCCUUGUUUUUGGUUGAACUGCCACUUUAAUUUAUUUAUACUUUUACCAGUUGAUCUUUUUGACUAGAAAUAAAUGCAUAAAAUGAAUGCAAGUUUUAAAAUACUAACCAGAGGAAUUCAUUUUCUCGAAAGCUUUAUUCCUCCUAAUAAUGAUUUACAUGACUAGUAAGUGACCGCUGCUUUCAGCUCAAAUAGUAUCAAAUGAAAUGCUUUAAAAACGUGUAAUAGCAGUGUAGCAGUUUGAUCAGUUUUCACUUGACGUAUUGAUACCAUGAUAAACGGACAGAGAAAUAAUGCACAGCAUCUCUGGAUCUCUGGAUUUUGUUUCAUUUUGCUGCUUUUUUUCAAAUCUCAGCCUGCAUCUGAAUCACUGUUGUACUUCACUCUGUCACACACAGUUUGUGUUAUUCAGCACUGUUUUAUUGUGUCAGAGGUUUACAGGUUUGUGUUUUGUUCAUGCUGAGAGGUUCAUCACACUAAUCAACACAGCAGGGGAAAGAAUCAAACCUCUGUGUUCUCUAUAUCCUAUAAACUGGGUUAAUUUCCAAACAGUAAUGAUUUUAUUGGUUCUUAAUUUGACGGGGGAAGGCGCAAGGUUUUUGUCAUCUCAACACAUGCAACAUCAUGAACAAUUUUUUUUAUAUUUGUUAUGAACUCAAUAAAGGGAAUAAAAUGUUUAA